AGCAAAUCACGCGCCCAGUAGCAAUCUCUCUCCGCAUUCCCCGUGGAGCUCUACAAGUGAAGGGCCCGUCAGGCCGUUCUGUGGGCCCAUGGCCGAGGCGGAAACGAAGAAGGCGAAGCACGAGACGGCGGAGCACGUGGCCUGGGACUGCAGCGAUGUGGUGCCCAGAGUCAGGAUCUUGGCCAGACACUGCCGCCAACACUUGGACAAAGCCAAGGACACGCCGGACAUCCAACAUGAGCUGAUGGUGGCCAUGGGAAACCUGGUGAAGGUCCCUGCGGUGGCGCUGAUGCUGCCGGCCAUGUCUGAGGAGCUGAAAGCCGCGCUCAGGGAGGUCUCGGACAAAGGCAUUGAGCUUCUGGCGGCGGCAGAGACCAGCUUGUGGGACAGCCCCCGCAUGCUCUUCAUUCUCUCGCUCAGAGAGACCGACAUGCGGAGCCCAGUGGCGCAACUACAAGGCCUCCUGGAGGCCGUAGCGGAGUGCACUUUGAAGGUGAAGGCCAAGCAGGGCCCUUGGCUGUGGCCGCUCCAUGAGCCAGAUGUGUCUGCCUCCUUGUUGCUGUGCGACGCAAUGAACGACACAGAGAAUUGCUGCAUGCGGGCUCUGCGGAUGAUGCGGAUCCUGCCGUCAGUGUGCCUGAAGGAGCAGCAGCAGCACAUCCGGGAGCAGUACUCAGCUUCUACGACCUAUGUCUUUGCCUGGACUGAGGUCUACAUGCAGGCCAUGUGGGCGCUGCUCAUAUUGGUGGUGCCUCUGGCCAUCGCGCUGCCGGUGGUGCCCGAUUUGCUCGGGGCCUCCAGCUGGGGGUUCUACACCUUGCAGGCCAUCGUCUUGGUGUGGACCAUGACUCUGGGCGCCCUGAGCCGCUCGCGCCGGGCCUUCGUGAACGAUGGCUCCUCCCUGGCGCGGUCCGAGAAGGCGGUGAACUGGGAGCACUUCGAUCACUCGCGCCGAUCGAAGCUCAGAAGAGUCUUGCAGAUGACUGGAACGGGCAAUGAGUUUGCAGAAGUGGUGAAUGUGCGGCAGAAUCCCGACCACUGGCAUUCAGAGAAUCCGAAGACCUGGCGGUUUCUCAGUGUGGCAGUGACAGUCCUGGCGGGGCUCUUGUGCCUGACCUUGGCGGGGAUUUCGCUGCUCGCGGUGAUGGAGCUGAAGUUCAUGCUGAUCUUCGAAUGGGGCGAGUGCUUCCGGCUGGAGUGCAUCGGUCCAGAAGAUAUGCACGGCUUUGGCGGCCUGCUGUCCAUGAUCGGCACAGACAUCAUACUGGCGUUAUUGCUGAACGUGGCCACGGGCGAACUGUGCAAAGCCUUUGCCUUCCACAUCGCCAAGUUCUGGAAUUUCAAGCAGAUGAUCUCGCGGCAGAUCUGUUUCUACAUCACGGCCUCCUCCAUUGACGUCCUGGCGGGGAUCGGAGUCUUCUCCUAUCUCGCCUUCUCCUUCCUGCCAGAAUGGGAGCAGACAGUUGUCUCAUCGUGGGACGACUCCAGCAUGUGCGUGGGCAUGUGGGACUAUGAUGUCUGCCGAGUCAUGCGCGGCUGCGCUGAGGGAGACUCGGUGUGCUGCUCGGGCACCCUCUUCUGCGCGCGCGCGAAAGCUCCGGUGACGCAGCGGCGUUCGCUCUUCGAGGCCUGGCUGGGGGGUCUCUUCAUGGUGGCGCCCUUUGUGGAGGUUCUGAUUCAGUUCCUCGUGCCCGUGCUGGCAUACUACAUCCACCUCAAGGCGGACCACAUCCAGAAUGACGACGAGCGCGACCCUGGCAGGCGCAAAUCCUGCUGCUGUUGCUUCCUGGAAGGACUUGGGCGACUAGUGGCAUUCAUCUUUCUUUUGGAUGGAGGCGUCAUGGGCUUGCCCUACGUCUGGCGGGGCUACCCCUUCGCAGCACCAAAUGUUCAACACGAGGACCCCCGCAAGAAAGCCGUCCUGGGCCCGGUAUGCGACGGCUGCAAGCGGGACAUGCACUGGACAGACGCGGACAAGGACUGGAGCUGCCGACAUCACCACCGCUGCCGAAACGACCUCGCCAGCAAAGGACCAGAGAGAUGGUGUUGCCGAAUAUGUCAAAGCGACAUUUGUGGUGACUGCCACCCCCAAGGGGCUCAGGCACUGAACCACCUCUUUGGGCCUUUGGACCAGCGCCUGCUGCGGCCCUUCAACCCCAUCGACGAGCUGAAGAUGCUCAAGAUGAACUUCAUGAUCGUUGUCAUGUUUGCACCCAUCAACCCUUACGGGUUGAUCGCUCAGCUCCUGGCUCGACUCCUCGACCUGCACUCCCGCAUUUGGAAGCUGCUGAUGGUGAGACGCCGGGACUCGCCAAUGGACAAUGCCUUGGCCCACGCCAGCCAGAAGGUCUUUGGCCAGAUCAUCCUUCCCUUUGGGGCGAUCUGGCACGUAGGACUGUCCCUGAUCUCCUUCAACGUGGAGCUCUACGCCUACGACCGCGGCCAGCUGGUGCUGUACUGGGCCCUGGGCUCCUUGUGCCUGGCCGGCCUGGGCGUCCUCUUCCAAGUCCUGGGCUUCAAGGCGUAUCAUUGGAUGUAUGGCAGCAAGCCGAGCCUCAGGGGGACCGUCUCAUCGCUGGGAUCCAGCUUGGAUCCAACCUCAUUGGGUAUGGACAAGUCACAGAUCAUGGAGGACCUUGACUUACGCGCCGAAGGCGCUGUCGAGGGCGACGGUAAGGACGAUAAGGUGGAGCCUGAGAGGACGAGUACCUGGGAAUAUUUGGCGGCAGCGGAAUGCCAUCCGCCAGGGACUGUUGAACACUAAACCGGUAGGGAUCCCGACGUGGCCGGCGUGUGAUUGCAGAGUCUGCGCGAGCGCAUUUUUGAAGUGAUGCUUUCGGUGCUUCUGAAAUCUUUGACAUCUC